GAGAAACAUGAACCAGAAGUUGCUGAAGUUGGAGAACUUGCUACGAUUUCACACUGUUUGUAGACAGCUGCACAGCCUAGGUCAAAGAAGAACGUUAGCACAAUGGAGGCGUGUGUUUUCAUCUGCUUACCCAGUGCGACCAGCUCCGCAGCACACCGGGUCCUGGCAAACAGACUCGCUCUUUGGGGCUGCUUUAUCUCAAUAUAGGCUUCUAGUAACAAAGAAGGAAGUAAGGCCACGGAAGUCUCAGGUAUCUUCAACAAAAUCUAAAAAGGAGGUGGAGGUAUGGAUUGGAAUGACUGUUGAGGAGCUGGCCAGAGCAAUGGAAAAGGACAUAGAUUUUAUUUAUGAAGCUUUAUUGAACACUACUAUGGACAUAGAUUCACUAGAAGCAGACUCACAUUUAGAUGAAGUCUGGAUCAAAGAAGUGAUAAAGAAGGCAGGAAUGAAGUUAAAAUGGAGCAAAUUAAAACAGGACAAAGUCAGAGAAAAUAAAGAUGCCGUGAGAAGGCCCCAGGCAGAUCCAGCUUUAUUAACCCCAAGGUCCCCAGUGGUAACUAUAAUGGGCCAUGUCGAUCAUGGGAAAACGACGUUACUUGACAAACUGCGAAAAACUCAAGUGGCAGCAAUGGAAGCUGGAGGCAUCACUCAGCACAUUGGUGCCUUUCUUGUCUCUCUGCCUUCCGGGGAGAAGAUAACCUUUCUCGAUACUCCAGGACAUGCUGCGUUCUCAGCGAUGAGAGCCAGGGGUGCUCAGGUCACCGACAUUAUCAUACUGGUUGUAGCUGCAGAUGAUGGAGUGAUGAAACAAACGGUAGAAUCCAUUCAGCAUGCCAAAGAUGCUCAAGUGCCUAUUGUCCUCGCCAUAAACAAAUGUGACAAAGCCGAGGCUGACCCUGAAAAAGUGAAGAAAGAACUGCUAGCUUAUGACGUGGUGUGUGAAGAUUACGGAGGCGAUGUACAGGCAGUGCAUGUCUCUGCACUUACGGGGGAUAACCUGAUGGCUUUGGCAGAGGCAACAAUUACUCUUGCAGAAAUAUUAGAAUUGAAAGCAGACCCCACAGGUCCAGUGGAAGGAACAGUUAUAGAAUCUUUCACAGACAAAGGAAGAGGUCCUGUUACUACAGCAAUAAUUCAAAGAGGAACAUUGAGAAAAGGCUCAAUUCUGGUUGCUGGGAAGAGUUGGGCGAAAGUGCGCUUAAUGUUUGAUGAAAAUGGAAAAUCAGUUAAUGAGGCCUGCCCCAGCAUGCCAGUGGGGAUCAUAGGCUGGAAAGACCUCCCUUCUGCAGGAGAUGAAAUUCUUGAAGUAGAAUCUGAGGCAAGGGCACAUGAAGUUGUUGACUGGAGGAAGUAUGAGCAGGAGCAGGAGAAAAAUAAAGAGGCUCUAAAAACAAUAGAAGAAAAGCGAAAGGAACACCAAGAGGCGCACCGGAAGGACCGUGAGAAGUAUGGCAAUUUGCACUGGAAGGAGAGAUCAUUUAUAAAGUACCAAGAAAGAAAAGAACAAAAAUUAUUAAGGCCAAAAGAGAAAGUAGAAAGAGAUUCAAAUAUGCUUCCUAUAAUUAUUAAAGGAUUGCCAGGUGUUAUAUAUGGCUUCAAUGUGAACGCAGGCAAAGUUAUCCAGGAGUCAGCUGCAAAGAAAGGAGUAAAAAUUAAACUUCACAAAGUCAUUUACCGUCUUGUUGAAGAUUUGCAGGAAGAACUGAGCAGCAGAUUGCCCUGCACUGUGGAAGAACACACAGUAGGUGAGGCUUCUAUACUAGCUACCUUUUCCAUAACAGAAGGGAAGAAAAAAGUUCCUGUGGCUGGCUGCAGAGUCCAAAAAGGACAGCUAGAAAAGCAAAAAAAAUUUAAGUUAAUCCGGAACGGAGAUAUUAUUUGGAAGGGCUCAUUAACCUCCCUGAAACACCACAAAGAUGACGUUUCAGUCAUCAAAACUGGAAUGGACUGUGGUCUCAGUUUGGAUGAAGAAAUGAUAGAAUUCAAAGUGGGAGAUAGAAUUGUUUGUUAUGAAGAAAAUGAAGUUCUAGCCAAGACCUCUUGGGAUCCAGGAUUUUAAAACUGUAUUAAAAAUAUAAAGAUUAAAUAUUUUGCUUUUUAAUAGAA